AUGUCGGAUAUUUGGUGGACAACAGAGAAGGGCCUCUUGCCCAACUUUGUCAACCGAGAGAGAACAAACCAGACCGAGCCUUUCUUCGUCGUCACCAACCCAGAGACUGUUGUCCUAGAGUUGAGCUAUGCCGACGUCGACAAUGCGGCCAACAGGGCCGCCUGGUUUCUAUCCAAGAAUAUGGCACAAGAUGAAGAGAAGUUCUUCUACAUGGGUCGGAUGGACUUGAGAUACUACAUUUGGGUUCUUGGAGCGAUGAAAGCUGGAAAAUGCGCUGUACUGCCCUCGCCCAGCAACACGGUCAAUGCAAACCAGAUGUUGUUUAAGGAUGUUGGCGCAAAGACAAUGUUCUUUAGCAGAGAAAGUUUCGACAUGUUGGAGGACCUGUACGCUGCGACCAAAGACGACAUGCGAUGGAUCGAAGCGCCAAUGUAUGAAGACCUCCUUAGCAAAGACAGAGUCGAGGAUUUUCCCUUCACAUAUACCUUCGAGGAGGUCAAGAACAAACCAUUCAUGGGCCUCCACACAUCCGGCACGACUGGCCACCCUAAGCCCAUCUACUGGACACAUUCCACGGUUCCCAUCUUUGCCUCCCAGAUUGACCGCAGUAUCCGACCGGCCGGCUCGACCGACGAGCUUGUGUUUGAGCAGAUUUGGUCUAGAACACGGCUCUUCAUGUCUUUCCCAUUUUACCACGCUGGCGGCAUGAUCGCGUUCCUUGCAAGUAUAGUGGUUGGGGCGAGGACAGUGAUCGUCCCCGCCCCGGGGACCCGCCUCACUUCCGAGAACGUGGCCGGCAUGCUGCAGGUCACCAACCCCGACACCGGUAUUUUCGCACCAUCGAUCCUCGAGAACAUGCUGAAAUACCCGUCGGGUAUGGACGCACUCGCCAAGAUGAAGCACGUCGCCUACGGUGGAGGUCCCAUGAACCCAACGUCGGGCAGCAAGGUCGCCGAGGCCGUGCCGCACUUGAUAAACUUCAUUGGCUCGACGGAAGCCUCUCUCUAUCACACAGACGCCUCCACUGAUAACAAGUACUGGAACGCCUUCAAGUUCAUCGAGAUGGGCCAGCGGAUGGAGGAGGUCGAGCCCGGCUUGUACGAGCUGGUGUACCCCCGGACGGAGCUGAUCGAGAAGACACACCUGAUCUUCCACAGCUAUCCGGACCUGCAGGAGUACCGGACCAAGGACCUUUUCUCGCCGGUGGAUGACAACUCAGGCUGGUGGGUUUACCGAGGACGCGCCGACAACUGGAUCGCCAUGAGCAACGGCCUGAAAUUUGACCCCAAGAGCAUGGAAGACAAGAUUGGGGCACACCCCGACAUCACGGCUGUGAUGCUCGCUGGAGAGCGGCGCUUCAGGCUAUGCCUGCUCAUCGAGCUGGAUGAGAGCUGCUACCCGGCCCAGCCCUUUGAGUCUCCCGAGGACGGGUCGAGGUGGACGCAGAAAACCCUGGCCAGGCUGUGGCCGGCUAUCGACGCGGCCAACCAUGAGGCGCCCAAGUUCGGCCGUGUGCCCAAAGAGCUCGUGCUUUUCACCAAGAAGGACAAGCCGUUCUCUCGAUCGCCGAAGGGCAGUGUCCAGAGGCGACUCACAGUCUCUUUCUACCAACAGGAGAUCGACGACCUAUACACCCAGUCCGAGCAGGGCCUCCUGACGAGCGGCCUGCCACCUCUCAAGUCAACAGCCGCUGAUGACCUGAUUCCAUUCCUCACAGAACUUUACGCGCAGACGCUGGAGCACGAGAACCUCAGACCAGACGACGAUGCCUUCUCCUUCGGCAUGGAUUCAUUCGCAGUCGCCUCCCUAUCCUCCCGGCUGAAGGCUGCCCUGAGAGCCUUCGGCACAUCCGAACAGAAGCUCGGCCGGAUUGGUCUCCGCCUGAUGUACACCGCACCCACACCCCGGAAAAUGGCGCAGAGCCUGUCAAACCUGCUUUCUGAGACGAAUGGCAUCAGCGGCGGCGAAGAUGGCGCGAGCGAGGCGGUGGAGAUGGUGGAAAAGUACGAGGCCGAGGUGAAGAAGCUCGUCGAGAGGAGGGUGCAGCAGAACGGAUUGAACGGGCACUCCAAUGGUUAUGCCCCCGGACACGUCGUCGCCGUCACCGGUACGACUGGCUCCCUGGGUAGCUACCUCCUGGCCACGCUCCUUGCCCGGCCGGACGUCAGCAAGGUGAUCUGCCUCAACCGCGCCGCCGACGCCGAGGCGCGACAGGCCAAGGCGCUGAGCUCCAGGGGCCUGCCUGCCCUGCAGCCAGCCAUCGACUCGGGGCGCGUGGUGUUCAUGAAGAUGGACGUCGCCGCGCCGAGGCUCGGUCUCACCGGCGACGAGUACGACCUCCUGCUGCGAGAGACGACCUCCAUCAUCCACAACGCCUUCCCCGUGAACUUCCUGCUGGCCGUGGCCCAGUUCGAGCCGCAGUUUUUGGGCACGCUGAGCCUGCUCGAGGUCGCCCUCGCAGGGCGGAGGCACCCGUCGUUCCUGUUCGUGUCGAGCAUCGGCGCCUCCGUGCGCAGGACGAACCCGCGCAACCCGGUCCCGGAGAUCAUCUUUGACCGCGACGAGGCCAAGGACCUCGCCCUCGAGGGCUACGGCUCGGCCAAGUUCGUCUGCGAGCGCAUGACGCACCAGUUCACCCUCUCGUGCGCCGAGGCCGGCCUGUCCUCGGCCGCCGCCGUGCUCCGCGUCGGUCAGGUGUCGGGCCCACUGGCCGGCGGCGGCGCGUGGAACAUCUGGGAGUGGCUCCCCUCCAUCGUGGCCAGCUCCAAGUUCCUCGGUGCAGCGCCUGCCACCAUCGGCCAGAAGGUCGACUGGAUCCCCGUCGACGAGCUGGCCAAGAUCACGAGCGACCUCGUCGACUCCGUCGAGGGGCACAGGCAAAGAAGCUUCACCCCUGUGUACAACGUGGUCAACCCCAAUGUCACCACCUGGGAGAAGGAGCUGCUUCCCGCGGUGGAGGCCCUCACGUCUGAGGUCGUGCCUCUCGAGGAGUGGCUGGACCGCCUCGACAAGACCAAGGACACGAGCGCUCACAUCCUUGACAAGAACCCAGGAGCGAAACUGGCGGACUUCUACAAGGGCUUCCUUUCGACUGAGGCUGCCAUGAACUUUGCAACGGAUCAACUUAUCCGAGACAGCCCCACCGCCGCUAAUCUGGGGCCUAUCACUCAGAAAAAUAUGGCUGGAUGGAUCAAGACAUGGGGUCUGUAG